AUGAUUCCCGACGAUGCCGUUUUAAUAAAGCAAGGCGCUGAAGCACGUGUCUUCCAUGUACCUUCCUUUUUGACAGUACCAGAAGGCUGCAUCGCCAAAGAGCGAUUCAAAAAGACAUAUCGACACCCUGAUCUUGACCAAUAUCUUACUUCACGUCGUGUUGGCCAAGAGGCACGUAGUCUCUACCGACUGAAGAAAGCUGGCUUAGAUACCCCCACGGUUUAUUAUGUGGAUACGGCCAAUGCAACCAUUUUUAUGGAAAAUGUGAUCGGUAUCACUGUCAAACAACGCUUGCUAGAGACCCAAGAAGAAAACUACCAAUCUGUCGAUAUUGAUACAUUAGCAGACGUGAUUGGUCGAUCACUGGCGACAAUGCACAACUUGAAUGUCAUUCACGGUGACUUGACAACGUCGAAUUUAAUGUUAAGGAAGGAUAAGGGUGAUGCAGCAGUUGUUGUUAUUGAUUUUGGUUUAAGUUACAACUCGAAUUUGCCAGAGGAUAAAGCGGUUGAUCUUUAUGUGCUAGAACGUGCUUUUGCUAGUACUCAUCCGCAAACAGAGCAGCUGUUUGCAAAAAUUUUAGAGUCUUAUUUUAAAACAUCAAAGCAGCAAAAACAAAUUUCUCACAAACUAGAAGAUGUAAGAAUGAGAGGUCGUAAGAGGACUAUGGUCGGAUAA